GAUGAGAUGACAAGAGAUAGAGUUGAUAAAAUUAAAUUAUUCAUCUACCCUAUUCUAUCUACUGAAGCAGAGUAAUAAAUAUCGUGGUUAAUAAGUACAUGGAUGUUUAUAGCUUCCAUCAUCUUCAAAUGCAUGUUUUCAUUGUAAAGUUUUUCCUUUCUGUUCAUCAGAUUUUCUACAGUUCUUGAAAACUUCUAGAUAAAAUUUGAAAUGGCCAGGAAACCGUAUCACCUCCGUCAUCAGCCACGUAAAUCUUCAUCGACGACGACGCAGGCUUUCACAGUUAUCAUUCUUACACUCUUCUUCAUCAUGAUUCUUCUAGGUCUCGGUAUCCUUUCACUACCCAGCACUAGCAGGUCCUCUUCAAGCCCGAUUGAUUUGACCACAAUUGUACGGGAUAGCGAGGAGAGGGAGAGUUAUGGAAACGAAGAUGGUAAUGGUGACGGUUGGGUUGAAGUUAUCUCGUGGGAGCCUAGAGCUUUCCUUUAUCACAAUUUCUUGACAAAUGAAGAAUGUGAGCACUUGAUUAGCCUUGCGAAACCUAGCAUGAAAAGGUCAAAGGUGGUCGAUGUGAAAAGUGGAGGGAGCAAAGACAGCAGAGUAAGAACAAGUUCAGGAACGUUUCUUAAAAGAGGGCAAGACGAACUCGUGGAAGAGAUUGAGAACAGGAUCUCAGAUUUCACCUUCAUUCCUGUAGAAAAUGGAGAAGGGCUACAGGUUCUCCAUUACGAAGUUGGGCAGAAAUAUGAGCCUCAUCAUGACUAUUUCUCAGACGAUUACAAUGUCAAAAGAGGAGGGAACCGAAUCGCUACUGUACUCAUGUAUCUCUCGGACGUUGAAGAAGGCGGCGAGACGGUUUUCCCUGCAGCUAAAGGAAACGUUAGUGAUGUCCCUUGGUGGAACGAGCUCUCACAAUGUGGUAAAGAAGGACUCUCUGUUUUACCAAAGAAGAGAGAUGCUUUACUCUUCUGGAGCGCUGGGCCUGACGCGACGCUAGACCCUUCGAGCUUGCAUGGUGGUUGUCCAGUGAUCAAAGGGAACAAGUGGUCAUCAACUAAAUGGUUACACUUUAAUGAGUACACGGCUUAAAUAAAAAGUCGGCUUUUGAAGAGGCUUACAUGAUCAAAUCUAAUCAACAACAUAUACUAGUAUGUGUAUCAUCGUCGAUUUCAUCCUGAUACGUCUCUCAAAAGCUCUCAGCAAAAUGGCGUUCUAGCCUUUAAUCAAGUAAAAACUUAUGU